UCCCACAAUGCACCUGUGUGUCCAGUCGCGUCCACAGGGGGCGCGCUCCCGCUGGUGCGCAGAGGAUUGUGGGUCGGAGGAGGCAGCUGAGAGCAUCGUCGGUACCGGGACCGGGACUCUUCACACCGGACUAUCACUGAGCUGAGAGCCGCUUCUUCUCCAGAGAGAGAGAUGGCGGACAUGAGACACCUGAUGAACCAGGCGGAGGACGUAGCGGACCAGUUCCUGCGGGUCACUAAGCACUACCUCCCCCACGUGGCCCGGCUGUGUCUGGUCAGCACCUUCCUGGAGGACGGGGUCAGGAUGUGGUUCCAGUGGAGCGAGCAGAGCGAAUACAUCGAGUCGAGCUGGAGCUGCGGACGAUUCAUCGCCUUCAUGUUCGUCCUGCUCAACCUGCUGGGGCAGCUGGGCGGCUGUGUUUUGAUUCUCAGCAGAAACUUUGUUCAGAACGCCUGUUUCACUCUGUUUGGUGUCAUCGGCCUUCAGACGGUGGCGUACAGCAUCCUCUGGGACCCCAAGUUCCUGAUGAGGAACCUGUCUCUGGGAGGAGGGCUGCUCCUCCUGCUGGCAGAGUGUCGUGCGGAGGUGCGCAGGGUCUUCGCAGGCGUCCCAUCUCUCGGUCAUCAGAGUUCUCCUAAACAUCUGCUGCAGCUGGGAGGAAGAGUUCUCCUCGUCCUCAUGUUCAUGACCCUGCUGCACUUUGACCUCAGUCUGCUGAGUGUGCUGCAGAACCUGGUGGGCACGGCUCUGAUGGUUCUGGUGGCGGUGGGCUUUAAGACCAAGCUGGCGGCUCUGACUCUGGUGGUCUGGCUGUUCUGCAUCAACGUCACCAUCAACUCGUUCUGGACCGUCCCGUCCUACAAACCCACUCACGACUUCCUCAAGUACGACUUCUUCCAGACCACGUCGGUCAUCGGAGGCCUGCUGCUGGUGGUGGCCAUGGGGCCGGGGGGGGUCUCCAUGGAUGAGAAGAAGAAGGAGUGGUGA